AUGCGCACCUUCUCCGCCACCGCCGUCGCCGGCGUCGCCGCCGCCCUCACCCUCGCCUCCACCACCUCGGCCCAACUCGAUCCAUCCCUGAUCACCGGACUCUCCUCGUCGUGCGCCUCCGGACUCGUUGGUCUCGUGACCAACUCUAACGUCUCCUCGUGCCUCGCGCUCCCCAAUGCCGUCGGAGCGCUCACCUCGGCUGGCAACAACUCGGUCGUGCCCGGUCUGCAGUCCUACCUCUCCGGAUCCAUCUGCGGCUCUGGCAAACCCGUCUGCUCCACCGCGGCGCUCUCCUCUGCCAACGCCACUCUCCUCCAGUCCUGCUCUUCGGAUCUCUCCUCCAACAACGGCGGUAACAUCCCCGCGCUGGUCUACUACUUCAUCAACAGCUACGACAAGCUGCGCAACGCAGGAUGCCUUCAGAACUCCCAGUCCCAGUACUGUCUCAUCAACGAAAUGUACGCCCUGCAGAACGCUACCGGUCAACAGAUCAGCUUCAGCGGCAUCCAGGGCAUCCUCUCCAACGAAACCGUUCAACAGCAGAGUCUCCAAGCUCUGGCUGCUAACAAGACCGCCUUCUGUACAGACUGCACCCAUGCUCUCUACUCGACCCUCUUCCCCACCAACUCGAACCAGAGGUUCAUGGGCGCCGUAGAGCAGACGUGCAACUCGUCCUUCGUCGACGGCAAGAUCCCCUCGUCCAUCAAGAGCACCGCUCAGGGUAACUCUACCAGCACCAGCGGAAGCUCCUCCGGAAGCAGCGGCACCACCAAGUCCGGCAACGGCGCCAUGGGCGGUUUCGCCGGUGCCAUCGUCGCUGUCGGUUCCGCCGUCGCCGCCGUCGCUGCCGGCCUCACCCUCCUUUAG